AUGCCGAAAGGGAGACAAUCUGUUGAUUCAGGAUCCAAAAAUGCCUCUAAAUCUGAUUUAUCAGGGUCUUCCGAUCAUAAUGUCAAAAUAAUGAAAAACGUUGAAGCAGGCGAUGAAGUAAAAAAAAUGCCACGGAAUCGUCGUUUAAUGGAGCGCGUAGAAAUGUUAGCCCGUCCAACCGCCAGGCGUUUACGUUGCUUGUGGGAUGAAAAGUGUGAUGUUCUUCCACCUGAAAGGAGGAACAAGAUCAAAAGUGCUUUGGAAGAAGAUUACUUCCUUAGUCCAGAACAAACUGAGCAAUAUUUCCAAGCAAUAAGUGGCUCCUCAAAACACUGGUCGGGUCCUGGUGGUAUGGUGAGCCGAAAGGAUCAAGCGGAUAAAGUACGUGAAUUAAGACAACGUCAGAAGUGGCUUAUUAAUUUCAGUGCACAGGUUGCCUACCGUCUAUGCGAUUAUAUAGCGAAGGGGCAGAAGGAAAUAUUGGUGUCAAAUAGGCUGAGAAGCAUUGCUGAUGUUGUAUUGGAACGUGUGGCUGAAAUUUUAGGUGAACCGAAGCCAGCUCGCACGGACCCUGGUCGCCUCGCCCGUUUCAUGGUGGCCAUAUCAGAUCGCAUAGCUGUUUGGAUUGAAAAUGCCGUGUACCGAGCUGAUGCCAUCGAGCCCAAGGAGUCCAGCAUUGACGAGCAUAUGCGCCUGGACACAGAAAAACCCCUCAUCUGUUAA